AUGGACAGGAAUAUCCCGGACCGUGGGCCUGCUGUUUUCGCCCUCACCACUGGGACUUUCGCGCUGACAUCCUGCUUUGUCGGGGCCCGCAUCAUUUGCCGGUAUGGAAUCGUUCGUAUAAUCGGCUGGGACGACAAAGUCAUGAUGAUAGCUUGGGUCAUCGCCUUCUUCCUGUCAUUCACAGUCGACCUUGGCGUCGCCAAUGGCCUCGGGAAGCGAGACAAUGAUAUUUCAGACGAUGACAGGGCCACUCUACGACGUUGUGAAUACGCUUUCUCUGUUUUAUAUAAUCCUGCUCUUAUGGCGACCAAGACCAGUGUCUUGAUCUUCUAUCUACGCCUAACCAAAGGCACGCAGAUAUUUCUCCGCCAUGUCUCAUGGGCGACACUUCUGGUCGUUAAUCUUACCGGCAUCGUCCUCACAGUCAUGAACAUUUUUCUUUGCAGCCCAAUCAGAGCUGCCUGGACAGUGGGCGUCGACGAGAGUGCUACUUGUAUACCGCUCUUGACUGAGCUCAUUUGCGCCGCGCCAGUCAACAUCAUCACUGACUUAGCAAUUCUUACUGUACCAAUCCCCAUUCUCACUCGCCUGCGCCUACCAUCGCGGCAGAAGAUGAUCCUCGUCGUUACCUUUGCCCUUGGCAUAUUCAUCACAGUCGUCAAUGUCAUUCGUAUCUACUACUUGCAGAAGGCUAUAAUCGAAGUCCCGACAUCCGACUCGUCGACUGGACCCAACAUGAGGUUCGGUGACCAGGCCGACUUCGGCUGGUAUGCAUCCCUCUCCCUCAUGUGGAGCGUCGUAGAGGUCAAUGUCGGACUGGCAUGUUUAUGUGUCCCCACCCUCAAGCCUUUGGUCCUCAAGCUUCUCCCACGCGUGCUGUACGAUUCGGCGAGCGCCCAAACCUACGGCAGUUCUCAAGGGUCGGGUGAUCUCUCGAUGCCACCAUUUCGAAGCCAGACAUCGGUCACUUUACCUGCGAUCAGAAACAGGGUAUCCUUUGACUUUGCCGACGUCAGGCAGCCGAAGCGCAUGCUCAGCGUUAAUAGCGUAGAAUCCUUCAAAUUCUGCGCCAUUGUUUCGAUCCUCUUCUUCCUUUGGGGUGUCUCAUACGGCCUUCUUGACACCCUGAAUAAUGCUGUUGCGUCCAUAAACCACUUGACUACCGCCCAGUCCCUUGGUUUAACGACCGCAUACCUAGGAGGUGGCUACUUCUUCGGUCCUUUGCUUGUGGGCCAAUGGAUCCUCCGAGGGGACACGCGCUACCGCUCGGGGGGCCAUGAUAUUACCGCCGAGAGUAUCGGUGGCUUUAAGGCGACGUUUAUCGUUGGGUUAUGCAUCUAUGGCAUAGGCACUAUCAUUUUCUGGCCCUCUGCGGUCACAAAUUCCUACGGCGGGUUCCUGCUUAGUAGUUUUAUUGUCGGAUUUGGACUGUCCGUGUUGGAAGUUGGCGCCAAUUCGUUCAUGAUUCUGUGCGGCCCGCUCCAGUACAGCGAGACCCGACUUCUACUGGCCCAGGGUGUCCAAGGCGUUGGGAGCGUCAUCAGCAGCUUGUUGGCUGCAAAAGUUUUCUUCAAGGACCUCAUUCAGAACGAUUCGGCGAACGGCAUGGCCCUUAUCAACGUGCAAUGGGCAUACCUGGGUAUCACCUUACUUUGCGUCAUCCUGGGGCUCUGGUUUUUCUACAUAUCUUUACCAGAAGUAAGCGACCAUGAGCUCGAACAGUCCUCCAAUCGUCUCCCUGUCAACCCCAAAAGGAACACGGUAACCGGCCUCCAGCUGCGGACCAUGAGUCUUAUACUAGCUGUGCUCGCGCAGUACAUGUACGUCGGAGCGCAGGAGAGCGGCAUCAUCUAUUUCCCUCGUCUCCUCACGUCAGGACUCGCCUCCCGAAACGAGACGAAUCGUUCUGUAGGCAGCAGUACUAUAUAUAAACCGCUGGUGCUUGCAAUUUCAACAUCUGAUUAUGUGCUCCUGGGUCGCACGGCGUUUACCAUAUCUCGAUUCCUCAUGGGCUAUCUCACGUACGUUUCCGUCGCUCAGCCCCGACUUCCACGACCACACACCUACCUGGCCCUCUGCAUCGCUUCGGGCUUCCUUUUUGCGCUGCUCACCGUAGUGCUUCACACAUCUGACCCAAAUCUUCUGGCUAUCCCGGUGAUUCUUUAUUUUUUUUCUGAAGGGCCUAUCUGGCCUUUGCUGUUUUCGAUUGGCCUUCGAGGCCAAGGCUUGCGAACGAAACGUGCCGCCGCCUUCCUUACUAUGGGUGGAUCUGGAGGAGCAUUCUUCCCCUUCAUCAUGUAUGGACUUGUCAAGUACGGUUGUACUGUGCAAACAGCGUUCACUGUCAUCGUUGGGCUGCUCGUCGCGAUGGCGGCCUACCCACUGUUUCUUGUAUCUUCUAGCGGCGCUAUGGAACUCGUGCAGCCAUGGCCAGCCGUUCACGUGCCCACUAACCAAACACUGGCUAGUCAGUCUGUUGUCAAUAGGCAACUCGACAACAGCAAAAACCAGAACGUCUGGGGGAUGCGAUCGCUACAAAGUGGUGAGCAAGCUGGGUAG